AUCAACCUCACAAUCACAUACAACAAAGUCCUCAAAGACAACUACAUAUCCACAAUGCAGUUCUCCAAGUCUAUCGUGGCUACCGCCCUUGCUCUCUUCGCUUCCAGCGCUGUUGCAAGCACAGUCGAUAUCGCCUACACCUCCAAUGGCGCUUACUACAACCAGCAGGUCGAGCCUUACCAACGUACUCCGUUGACUCAGCCUGGAUCCAUUAGCACCUUCCAGAACACUGCCAACUGCUAUCUCUUCAACUACUAUGGCCAGGAGGUCUACUAUGUUGCAGCGGGUGCGACGAACAUCGACCCUCCAGUCAACGCUGCAUCCGUCCAGUGCCAAGACCCCUCUUCCAACUAGAUAAGUGCCGGCUUGACGUGAUAUGAUUAAUGCAUUGGUUUCUUUGACGGUGCAUUGUAUCCACGCAUCCGGGUACAGAAUUCUGUACGCCAUGUUGAAAGACUGCUGGGUAUGCAAGGGUAUGUGGGAAAUUUGAUGGAAGGCCAGAUUGAAAGUCCUGUGAAGUAAUGGUGGCCAGCUACAGAG